AUGGUGGAGCCUGUCGAGUUGCGCGGCCAGCAGCUCGAAGCGGCAGUCGAUCGUCUGCCUGACUCCUAUUUUGCUGCAGAGGUACUCCCAUCUCCGAUCAAAGUCAACAAUAAAAGUCUUUACCUUUUAUGCGAGACGGAAGAUAAGGCGCAGCCUUUGGACGAAGAUGAUAUCCUCAAGUCCCACGAUCCUUCCUCUAACGCCACCAUGAGCUGUACAGACGACGAGCUCGAGCUUGAAAAGCUCGGUCGCAGACGGCAACAAUCUAACGUAUUUCAACAAAAUAGACCGCAGGAAUCAGGACACUCGAGGGUCUCCAGUCGACACUCAACUGAGUCUUCCCCAAGUUCGUGCUCGGACCUUGUACUCUCUGGCUUCUCCAUGCGUGGCAAAGAAAAGCGAGUUAUGUACCACAUCGAUGUGGUAAAUCACGACGCUCCUCUACAAACAUAUACUAUCCGUCGCAGCUAUUCGGAUUUUAAAAACCUGUACAUCCAAUUGACAGAGAUCCUUGAGAGUCGACAGGCAUACUACCGAAACAAGGCCAAGGCUAGCUUGCCUAGAGGGGUCGUCCCUGUUGCAAGUGAGGCAGCGACAAAAGAAGACAAGUUCGAGCGAGCUCUCUUGACGUUUACACUGCCUCCACUACCCCAUGCAGGCUUUCUUACGUUCUGGAAGCGACACGACCGAUCACACUUGCAAUCGAGGUGCAAUAGCUUUCAGCUUCUCUUGCAAGUUGUGCAAAAAAUGCCUUUCUUGCGUGAGUCUUUUGCUAUGCAGAAUUUCUUAAGCGUUGCACCUUGUGCGAUUCGUGACCGAGGAUCCUCUUAUGUGUCGCUUUGUGAGUACGGUGUUCCAUCAAUAAACGCUGAAGACGAACAGAGAGAGCGGAAGCGACGAGCACAACAGUAUCGACGCAAUAGUAGUGCUAGCAGUCAGUCGACUCGCAUGGUGGAGUAUUAA